CGUGACCUCUACAGCAGUUGAAAACAGUAAGGAGCUGGGCUGGAUUGAAUCAAUUGUGGUUACUGAUGUAGGAAUUUAAUAAUUGUGGCAGGGAGGUAUUUAUUUAAAUUCUUUAUUGAUUUUAAGCACCAGCAACAACAGGGAGACUUUAUGUGCACUGAGCCGCUGGAUUUCCGACUUGGGGUGUUUAGUGAGACAGCCGGUGUUAAACAGUUCAGUCCUGCACUGCAACAACAUGGGCAUAAUUGGCGUGCAGCUGGUGGUUACCAUGGUAAUGGCCAGCGUCAUUCAGAAAAUAAUACCUCACUAUUCCUUCGCCCGAUGGCUUCUUUGCAGUGGAAGUCUGAGGUGGUAUCAACAUCCUACAGAAGAUGAGCUUCGAAGCCUUGCAGGAAAACAGCAGAAAGGAAAAAACAAGAAAGACAGGAAGUACAAUGGGCAUAUAGAAAAUAAGCCAAUGACCGUUCCUAAAGACAUUGAUCUACAGUUGGAGACGAAGUCAAUCGCUGAAGUGGACACACUAGCUUUGCAUUACUUCCCUGAGUACCAGUGGCUGGUGGACUUCACAGUUGCAGCCACGAUAGUGUAUCUCAUUACGGAGUUCUACUACAGCUUGAUGAAGCCCUCCAGUGAGAUGAACAUCAGUGUGAUCUGGUGCCUGCUUGUCCUAGCCUUUGUGAUAAAGGUCCUCUUCUCACUGACCGCUCACUACUUCAGGGUAGAAGAAGGUGGGGAGCGCUCAGUCUGCAUCACAUUCGCAUUCUUCUUUUUUGUCAAAGCCAUGGCGAUUCUGAUUGUGACGGAGAAUUACUUGGAGUUUGGGCUCGAAACAGGGUUUGCCAAUUUUUCUGAAAGUGCUGUGCAGUUUCUUGAAAAGCAGGGUCUGGAGUCCCAGGGCCCGAUAUCCAAGCUAACAUUCAAGCUGUUCCUGGCUUUGCUGUGUUCCGUCAUCGGUGCUUUCCUAACAUUUCCUGGCUUGCGUUUAGCUCAGAUGCACCUGGAUGCGUUGAACUUGGCAACAGCAAAAGUAACACAGACUUUGCUACAUAUCAACUUCCUGGCGCCUCUAAUUAUGGUACUUCUGUGGGUGAAGCCUAUAACCAAGGACUACAUAAUGAACCCAACGCUGGGUAAAGAGAGUGUGCCUUUAAUGACAGAGACCACCUAUGACACUCUGCGGUUGUGGGUCAUCAUCCUCCUCUGUGUGCUAAGGCUGGCGAUGAUCCGUCACCACUUGCAGGCCUAUCUGAACCUGGCCCAGAAGUGUGUGGACCAGAUGAAGAAGGAGGCAGGAAGGAUCAGCACCGUGGAGCUGCAGAAAAUGGUUGCUCGGGUCUUCUAUUACCUGUGUGUGAUAGCACUGCAGUAUGUGGCACCUCUGGUGAUGCUGCUUCACACAACAUUGCUUCUAAAAACCUUAGGUGGUCACUCCUGGGGUGUCUACUCUGAACCUGAAGUGCCCUCGACGUUACUGACCGGCUUGGACCCCGCAGCUGCUGCCUCUGAGCCUCUGGCUCCCCCAGAGAAGGCCAAGGUCUCCAUGGCGCAAAUCACUGUAGCGCUGGGGGGUCUCAGGAACGUUUUCACUCCUCUGCUUUUCCGCGGCCUUCUCUCCUUCCUCACCUGGUGGAUCGCUGCAUGCUUAUUUUCUACAAGCCUUUUUGGGCUUUUCUACCACCAGUAUCUCACUGCUGCAUAGGGGCCACAGCCAUGGGACCUUCCCAGACAGCAUGAACGGCGAGGCAGGCAAACACUUGGCGAGACCGAAUGACACCAACAGCCCUUUGGUUGCAAGCAUAUCAGCAGAGUACCUUUUUACUUCGAUGCUUCCUGUGAGAUUUUUUCAGGGUGUACAAACAAAUCUUAACUAUUACAUAUAGUCUUAAGCAGAAUUGCAGGGAUGACCUCAUCUCUGUAGUCUGAGGAGGAGGUAACAAAGGGACUUCUGAUUUACGUGAAUAAAUGGUCAUUGCAGUUGAGCCCUUUGGGGUUGAAGCUGCAGGGGGCAGCUGGGCCUUCAAGUGUUUGAUCACUCAAGACUGUUAGGAUCUCUUUAGACACCUUGGGUGUAUAUUCGUGGAAUGCAAACAAUGGUUUUAAUGCAACACCUUGAUUUUACAUUUUUGUUUCAGUAGAAACUGAGCCAUAUUUAACAAAGUUAGUAUAUAUAUAUAUUUCUGCUGUAAUGAAAACAUUUCAUUCCCUUCAGCUUUGUGAGGGAAAUUUUCAACAGGACUGGAGUGUAAUGCUACUGUAUAUUACAGUAAAGAAGGGAUGGCUGGAGACUAAAGAAAUGAUGGUAUGUGUGACUAAGUAUAUCUUUCAUGUGAUUGUAUGCAGGCAUGAGUGCUGCCAGUUAUAUCAGUGUUGAAGGGUAAAAACAAAAGGGUAUUUUCACCACGGAAUCGCGACCAUGUGGAGCCGAGUACAUCAUCAGAAUGGCACCGAAAGGAUCAUUAUUUUUCACAUCCCCUAGUUUGUUUUCUUCAGGCGCCGGAGGUGACGUUCAACAUCGCUUAAUGCGCUACUGGGAAAAGCAGCGCUGAAUUCCCACACUGAAACGUAGGAGGAGAAUUGAAGACGCAACGUUGUGGCUGCGAAGCCUCCCUCAGGUGCGCGCGGAAGAGAGGGGCGGCGCAGGAAUGAGGAGGGGAGCUGGGGUGGAGGAAGAUGAAGGAGACGGAUGUGAGACGGGCUGGUGGUGAAUUAAAAGCAGGAGUGGCACAAGUGGCACGUGUGAGUGUCAGCAAGCUGGUCGCUGAGAAUGUGCGAGCCCCUGUCUUGCUGUGAUUGAGACCCUAAUGCACACGACUCAAGUCAGACUCCCUGUGAAAGGACAUAGAUGUGUGUAAUGAUUGUGCAAACAUAAAUAGUGGACUGUAGCCCUGCAUGGGUCUGUCUUUUAUCCUCACUGGCCCUUUUAUACAAGGCUCCAGCCAGACUCGCUUUGUGUUACAUUUUCCUCCACUUCUCCUUGUUUCUUUUAACUCCUGAAGAGUUAAAGAAGUUAAACAACUUCUGCUUGACACAGCUCCCUGCUCUGAAUGAGAUUUUGUUUUAUGUCGAGGGGCAGUUUCAGAAUUUUUCUGAGGUGCCAAGUUCAGGAUGAUCCCCCUCUUGCUUUGAGUAAUAAUGUUGCUAGAUCUGUAGCUAUUGCCAUGGUUCUUACCUGAGUCUUGAGAUAUUUAUUUUCAUUUUACCUCUAAUCUGUUAGGUUUUACUCAAGUCUGACAAACUGCAGCUCCAGAGUUACUCUUUUUUUCUGCUUAUAUUAAACACCCUUUUACAACAACAUCUGAAAUUUCAGACCUGAAACAGAGCUGUCAACAGGAUUUACUCUGAGGACAUUUUUUCAGCUUUUGUAGAAACUGGCCAUAAAUAGUUUGGGGUUUGUCUAUUAAUAUGCUUUGUAGAUUGUGAUUGAUGAUUCCAAAAAUACUCUUUUAUAGACAGUCAGACAGUAGUCAGUGCAGUUGUAACAGUCAGGCCUGUUUAAGAAUAUUUGGAAGUUUUGUGGAAUAUUCCCUGUUGGGUUUUGCAAGAUAACAAUUGUAUGAUCAAGCAAAUGUUAUCAAUUUACAAUACUCUUUUUUUUCUCAGAAAUCUUAACAGUUCGACUGGCUACAUAAAUGAAUGUACUCCUCGCUGCAUAAGUGAUAAUCUAUAUCUUGCCCUAUACUGGCAAUUAUAUUUCAAGAUCUGAAAUUGUUCAGCAAGCAAGGUUUGCAACAACAUUCCAAACUCUUUCAAGCCAAUCUAAUUGUGCAUUACAGUGGCCAGUCUUCUUUUCAGCUAGAGCACUCAAGUUGCAGUCACAUCCUCAGAAAACAGGUGAUACACAUUUGCAUGUUGGUCCGCUUCAAGUCAGUUGAGAGUCAAGUGGUUCUAAAAUUAUUUGCACAGCACUUCAUCAAGCCCUUCAGAUGCUAAAAAAUACCAUCUAGUGUUUUCCUGGCCUACAGGUUUAGUCAAGUGAAAACACCUUCACACAGUAGGAAUUUACACAUUAAACUCCAGAUCACAUUGUUUUGGCUUCACUCUUCACAGAGAUGUCAGCCAUAGGGUAUAUACACCUUACAAAAGGCUUUCUUCUCUUAGGUAUGUAUGUAACCGCUAAUAUAUUGUAGCCUCUAGAAAUAUGAGUAAAGAGAAGCAGGAUAUGUGUUCUCAAGUAUUUGAAUCUCAAAGAUUCUUCAUCCUACUAAAGUCAAAUCAUUUGUACAUAAGAGUAAUAGUUCUAAUAUUCCAUCUUUAUUUAUAACAUUUAGAAAUUCAUUGAUCAUGAAGAAGCACCAGGCACGCUUUGUAAGGUUGUCGGUACAACGGUUGUGAUGUUGCGCGUCAACAAUCCAUUAAAGGCUUUGCCUCUCUGCUCCGGAUUCCUUGACACUUGUUCCAAACACAAGGCUUUUUUUUUUUUAUGUGGUUCCUUGUAUGAACCGGGCUUCACGUAAUUUAAAUCUUUAGGUUGUCAAGUAGGUAGCGACAAGGAGUCUUUGCCAACAGUAAAAAGUGCUGAGCUGUGCCCGGUGUCAGCAUGCUGAGCAACAGCAGAGUGGGGUGGAGGGCACUGUGCCACUCAAGUCAGCACAUCACAUCGUCACUUUGCUUCGUUCAUAAUCCACACUGCCGCACUGUUUUGCUUCCAAGACAGUGUACGUGGUUUAUAUUGCCUUUGUCCUUUCCUUUGCUGCCUUCUUCGUCGUCAGCUUCGGCAGAUGACAAAACCAGAAUAAGAAAGGUUAUAGACAAGGAGCCUGUUCGACCCAUCUGCCCUGUGGUGGCUAGUAGCUAAUCAAUCCUUAUGCAGUUCGUCAUUCUGUAGGAUCUCUUCUAGGUUCAUAUUUUUUCAGAGCGGUAGCCCACAUGCGGACCAGAAUGCCACUUAUGUAAAUCUCUUUUUUUUUUUUUACAGCUAGUCGAGUGGACUAGCAUGCAGCCGUUUCCCUGCCAGUCUGCGUCCUGAACAAAAAUAGAACAAAAGCUUUUCCUGUGUCUGGGUCUCGUGGUCUUGUGUGUGUUUGUGAAGGGGAGUUCUAUCAAUCCACGCCUGAUGAUAACUUGUGAUGCUCCCUGUCAUGUUGCAAUGAGCCGAUGACAUGAUCAGAUGCGUGCAGUACAGUCAGCAGUGCACAGUAAAACUUUGGAUGCUUAAAGUCCAUAGAGCCACUUUAUCUUCGACUAUCAUAGUCCCAUAAUUGUGAAGAGGCAAAAUAAAACUGUUAACAGUAUAUAAUAUUAACACUAUAUUGUUUUGUUAAUCAGUUUUGUGCUUAUGGUAUUGAUUGUUGUUGCAUAUAGCUCCUUUGUCCCUGUUCUUUAUAAAGCUUUAUGGCUUGAUUUUUUGGGGGGAUGUCCAAAGAAUUGAUUAAACUGUCAGACGAUGGCCAUUUUUAUUUAUUUCUUUUAAAUAGAUUAACUUGCAAUAUAGACAUGGACAAACAUUGUAAAAGCCUUUGCAGGUAAAAUUCAGAAAUAUAUCAAAUGAUAUUCCCAUUCACGCAAAAAGUCUGGUAAAAGGUUUCAAAGUUCUGUGUGCUUAAAUGUUUCUGGUGCACUAUUGCUGGCAGUGGUCACCAGUCUUACAACUGGCCAAGAUGUGCCAAGAAGUUAACCUGCUGAGAGAACCUUUGUGUUAGUACUGUUAAAAUAAAAGCAUGUGAAAAACAGGAGUGUGUUAAAUUAAUGGACGUCCUUGACCUCUGAAAUCGCGUUGUUGGCAGGUGAACGCUGAGAAUACCGCUAGUAAGAGAUGGAAAAUCUGACAUGACCUGUUCAGGUUAGAGCAAAUCCUGAAUACCCAGGGGAUCUUCAUCUGCUGUCUGGCAGGAGGCCACAGUCUUUGCAGGAGCAAUUUGUCGUUGGGUUUUAUCAACCAGUAAUGGUUUCAGUUUGGCUGGCGGGGUACUGUUGUGGGUAGUGCUUCCUCCCAUGUCCAGAACGCUCCACACUGUGUGGGGUUUGCAUGUUCUCUGUGUGUUGCUCUGGAGUUUUUUUUUGGUUUGGACCCUCUGGUUUCCUUCCCUCCUCCCAAAGACUUGUUGGCUAAGCGUUUUUCAAGUUGCCUCAUUUCUACAAUGUCCCGUGACGGAUUGGCAGCCUGCAAUGUUCCGUCCAAAAGAAUUUCAAGCUUUUGUCACUGCGCAAGGUUAGUGUGGUAACUCUUUAAGAAAUGGUUCAUUCCGUGCUGAAAAGAGAAGAGAGAAAACGUAACGUUUUGGGUGUGGUGAAGAAGGCUUUUCUCUUUUCAGCAUGGAAUAAACCUAUUAGUUGUUCCUAUGUAGAUUAUGCUUGCUGCUGGAGCUACCCACCUGAACUACGUCUUUAACGAAUAUCACCAUCUGAGAAGGGAAACAAUGGCCUUUUCUUAAAUAGUAGAGGCAGGUUGAGUUUUGCAUAUUGUCUGUGCAGUAUACAACUUCCUCUCAGUUCAGCCUAACGUGAUCCUUCCUGCUGUAUUUACAGUACUGAUAAAAGACAAUAAAUUGAGUUAUAAGAUGUUGCUUUAAAUCAGAUUCGGUUUCACACUUUCACACUAAGGAAAAGCACACUUUAAAUAAAUAUUAUUUAAAGUGUGCUUUUCCUUAAAAUGCCAUUCCUAAAUGAAUUAUAGCCUGCCCAUUUGAGAAAAUUAAUAGGUUAUGUUUUCUCUGUAAGUUGGUAUGAACUUGAUAUGAAUAUUACAACUUGACUGCAAUGUUGCAGUUUGAUAAUGACAGGCUAUCAUGAGAUCAGUGACUUCAUGGUGAUCGUUCAGCUAGAGUAGUAUCUCUGUAUUCUGUCGACAUUGUAUGAAGUCCUUAGUUGUGAAAUAUGGUUGGGUUAUUGGAUUUUGAUUGUAACUGGUUUGAUAAUGUUAACUGUAAUCUGUAAAUGGUCAUUGCUUGGCUUUAGAUCGGGCAGUUUAAUGCAGAGGGUUUGUAAAACAAACGUGAUUAAAAAAUUGAGAUUUGUAAAAAUUUAAGGUAUUCAAGGUGAGGGUGAGGAAAAGGCUUUAUUUUAUGGUUUCACUCUCCUCUUCAGUGUCCGAAUCUGAAAAUAAAUCAUAGAUUUAGUUUGCCAUUUACCUUCUUUUCCAUGAAGUUGUAGACUUCCUCUUCAUGGUUGAUUUUUAGCUGCUCAUGGAACUCUGUGCUUGGUCAGCUGUUUUAUGACCCUGAAAUAUGACCUCAGGUGAGCUUCCUGUAAAAAGUGAGAAAUUCCUAGACCUUCAGGAUUGCUUUGGCUGUUUGUCCUUGUUCCUGUGCUUCACACUGAACAUGGUCCCUGUUUGCUGGAUGCAGGAAAGCUGGGGUACCCACUCCCACCUUACCUGGUAAGAGGUAAGAGGCCAGACGAGUAGUCUAUUGUUUAUUAAUACCACCAGGAAGGUCGUCCAUGGUCAUCAUGUGGUUCUAACAUGGUUUUAUUAAAGGAAAUAUUUUUCUAUUUUGUUCUAAUGGCGCAAGAGUACUGAUCCUUUUUUAGAACAGUUCCUCUGCCAGCAUUUUCCAAUGGAAUAUCAGUCAUUUUCAACAUGUUUUUAAAUUCCGUAAGAGGUUUCAUUAUUUCAAGUACAGGUUACUUAAGGAAGGAGUGCUUUCACUUGUAGUGUAGACAGCUUGCAGUGAAGAUUAGAUUGAGUUUUGAUUGCAGUCUUCAGAUUCCUGAAGGUGUUUCUGAAACCGGAACACAAUAGUUGGAGCACAGCACACUGGGGAGACAGUGGAUGAGGAAGUAUUAUUUGGGCAGAUUCAGCAACAGAGAGGUGACUUCAGAGUAGGUGUUGUCACAUACAGAAAUGAAGCUGAGCCCAGUCCCAUGAUCUCAUGUGUUAUUUUAGUCUAGUCUCCUUGAGAAGGAAAGUCCUUAAAUUAUACAGAUCAGCAGAGGGGUUUCAUUGCCUCCUCUUAGUCAUAGGUUUGUGUUUAUUUCUAUUGACUGUUUAUUUCCCCUUCUUCCUUGGUAUUACUCCUAACUAGGUCUGUUGCAGAAUUAUCCUUCUUGAAGUAUUUCUUGGCAUACCAACUGUAUUCAGUUUCUGGUAUUAGGUGGUGAAGGAAACUGGAAAUUGCUGUUAAAUUGCAGAUUGUAAAGCCAAUUGGAAGCCUAGCUGCUAGUCAGUGUCACCCAGUUAUUUUAUGUAUUUGUUUUAAAAGGGCCACUGUAAAUAAUAGUCAAAGUGACUUAUAUAACCAGAAGGGUUUUCAAAUUGUGGACAGCUUUCUCUUGGAAUGUUACCAAUGAUUGUCUCUCGCUGGGAGUUAUUAUGCAAUGUUGUGGCAAUGAAAACAACAACAAUAAUACGUACAGUAUGGAAUCCACCACCAAGCACAAACUGGACUGCAGACACAAACAUGGGAUAUCAGGUAGCCUGGCAGACUCAUUCUUUAGUUUUGCAGAAGAGCUGCAUAGCUCCUUAACAGUUAGAGGAUGUUCAUCUCAUGUGCCAUGUGGCAGGGUAUUCUGUAGUUAUCUGAAGAAGAUGGCACUUCUCAGAUGACCGUAGUGGCUUUGUCACCAGUAUGUUUUUUCUUCCAAAUCGUUUCUUAGUUUAUAAUGGAAACUGUCAAACUAAUAAAGAAGGUUGGGCAAAAAAGGGUGAAAUGUUAAUCUCUCGCAAGUCUUUACAAUUUUCAAGUUGGUGUGGCGUCUUAGGAAAGGUCAUGUGACCGGCACGGAGGUGGCCAGUGAAGUGUGCUUUGAACUUUCUUUCAGUUUAAACUGCAUUUCUAGACCCCAUGAGCAUAUUCAUAUGAAGUAUUGACACCUAACUGAGCAGCAUGUCCACUGCUUUUAAUAUGAUUUUAUUAAUGGGAUUUUAUAAUGAUCAGUAAUGCUUAAAAGUGUUCCUUGUUCUUUAACAGAACUGGACAUUUGGCCAUAAUGUCAGCGUAAGCACGUUUUUCAGAGUUAUUCAUCGUUACAGAUAAACAAUUCAUAAUUAAUAUCCCAGUUUCUUGAGACCAGUAGGUAUCCUGAUAAAUAGGUGUCAAUACUUUAUAGAAGCUCAAGUGCUUUUUUUUAAGCCCUUUGUUCUCCAGUGUUAUUUUUUUAGUUUGCUUUUAAAGAAAACCUUGAUUUGAAAAUGUAGAGGGAAAGUGUAUAAUAAACUGUUUCUAACAGGGGCCUUGGGUCCUUGCUGUUGUGAAGUCAUUAUUGCACUCCAUGGGCUUGUGGCCUUAUGUUGAUUUGAAUCAUGAUUAAUCUGAAGAGGACUUUCUGUACAGCUAAUUUAUUUAUACUACAUAUAUAUUUAGCUUGGUUUUGCCUAAUUAUUUGUGAAUUGUGAUGUAACAUUGAUUAAAAAAUAGAACUCAAUAAUUUUUAAAUAUUAAAACCAAAGAUUGCUGCUUUUCCAUUAGUACUUCACUGUCCCACCCCUACAAAACACAACUGCCCCACUUUCCCAUUUUAAGUUCAUCAGACUCCUUGUCGACAGCAGGUCCUACAGAAAAAAUGUUCAGAUAUUCUAAAAACAAACUUUCUUUUUUUUAGCAUGACGUAUUAUUGUGAAUUGAUUCUUGUUUCUGUUUUAAGUAAACGUGCUAACAUGAAUAUUCCACUUUUUUGAUUAUUUUUAUGGAACUCAAACCGAUUUUUAUACAAUGCUGUCUGGAGUCUUUGAAACUGUAGAUUCUAAAAUAAAGUGGACUCUUUUGCAGUUU